AUGGCUUCAGCUUGCGUCAACAACAUCAGCGUUUCGUCGGAGAGCUUCCCGCCGCCGGGGACGUACUCCUCGUACGGCUGGCUGAGUCCUCGCAUCUCAUUCAGCCGCGAGGACGAUUCCUUGUCUAAACACCACCAUCACAAACAGCCGCCGCCCUCCAAGCCAGCUCCGCCUCCGGCUCCUUCUCCACCUCCUCCGCCUCCGGCGACUGAGAUUCCGGACUUCGAGUUCCGCCUCGACGACCCCGUCGCUAUGCUCCCCGCCGACGAGCUCUUCUCCGACGGGAAGCUGGUGCCGAUGCAGGUCACGAGCUCGAACUCGAAGCCUUCGUCGUCGACGACGACUUCAGCUGAGUGUUUGCCGGGAAUCGCAACUACGACGGAGACGGCGGAGGCGAAUACAACUGACCAGUACUUGUUCUCGCCGAAAGCGCCUCGAUGCUCGAGCCGGUGGAAAGAGAUUCUGGGGCUGAAGAAGUUUUACCAGAACAACAGCUCCAAGGCGGCGUCGUUUCCUUCCUCCUCCUCCUCGUCGUCUUCUUCCUCUAACCAGAAAUCAUUGAGGCAUUUCCUCCAUAGAAGCUCUAAAUCCUGCAACAGUUCGUCGCUCGACGGCACCCUGAGUCUUCCAUUGCUGAAAGCAGACCUUGACUGCGAAUCGUCGGUUUCCCUCUCUUCCUCCCGCCUAUCACUCUCAUCCUCCUCAUCCAGCCACGAGCACGAAGAUCUCCCCAGGCUCUCUCUCGAUUCGGAGAAGCCCAACGCCGCUUCCAAUUUGAGCCUGACAUUCAACUCCUUGCACAGUCCGAACCCGAACCCGCCGCGGAUGAGAAUGGUGAAGCCGCGAGCCGCCGAAAUUGGAGGGGAAACCAGAGUUGGGAGGAGUCCGAUUCGCAGAGCGACAACUGCCGCCGGAGCAGGAGUCUCAAUAGACAGCCCGCGGCUGAAUUCUUCUGGGAAAAUCGUGUUCCAGAGCUUGGAGAGGAGUUCCAGUAGUCCAAGUAGCUUCAAUGGCGGUCCAAGGCACAAACACAGAGGGAUGGAGAGGUCCUAUUCAGCUAACGUCAGGGUAACCCCCGUUCUCAAUGUCCCCGUUUGCUCCCUCAUGGGAUCGUCCAAAUCCGGGUCAGUAUUUGGGUUCUUCUCUUCCUCCUCGCCCCAGAAGAGAGACGGCGGCGGAGUCAACUACAACAGCAAAGGGCAGCCCAGUUUUAGCAGAGGGAAUCGAGCCUCGGCGGAACACAAGCUUAUUCACAAGCGAGAUGGGGUAACACCACAAUAA